UCACAAGACCUGACAACAAACCUCGUUCACUUCUAUUUGUCUCCAAAUACUAUGGCGCAGACUGACAUCAUCGACGAGGGACUAUAUUCACGCCAGCUCUACGUCCUGGGGCAUGAUGCAAUGCAGUGUAUGGGAAAGGCGAAUGUCCUCAUUAGUGGAAUGAAAGGUCUUGGGGUUGAAGUGGCCAAGAAUGUGAUUUUGGCAGGAGUUGGUUCAGUCACCAUCCAGGACCAGGGGACAACUGAAUGGAGAGACCUGUCCUCCCAGUUUUACCUGGAAGAAAGUGAUUUGGGAGAGAACCGGGCUAUUUGUUCUGAAAAACACCUAGCCCGUUUAAAUAGCUAUGUUCGAGUGUCCACCCACACAGAGGCUCUAAAUCGGGACUUCCUGAAUCGUUUCCAGGUGGUGGUUCUUUCUGACUCACCAAUAGAAGAGCAGCUGUGGGUAGGUACCUUCUGCCAUGCCAACAACAUCAAGUUUAUAGUGGCAGACACAAAAGGCCUUUGUGGACAAUUGUUCUGUGACUUCGGAGAAGGGUUUGUGGUCAGAGAUAAUGACGGAGAGCCACUGAGGUCAUCCUUGAUAUCAAAUAUAACCAAGGGAAAUCCAGGUAUAGUCACCUGCACAGACGAUGCCAGCUUCGGAGAUGACAUGCAUGUUGCCUUCUCUGAGGUUCAAGGCAUGACUGAGCUCAACAACCGUGAGCCCGUUAAAAUCACGAGGAUAGGUGGUAACACUUUUAGCAUUUGUGACACUUCAAACUUUACUGAAUAUAAGAAGGGCGGAGUGGCAACUGAAGUCAAAGAGUUGAAGAUUUAUAACUAUAGACCUCUGAAUGUAGCGCUGAAUGAAGACCUGCAAGAUACAGAUCUGCUGGUGCCUAGUGAUUAUGGAAAAACUCAGAAACAUCUUUCCCUUCACCUGGGCUUUCAAGCGCUGCAUGAGUUCAAACAGAAGUACAGUCGACUGCCCAAACCCAGAAACCAGGCGGAUGCUGAGUUGCUGCUUGGUAUGACAAGAAAGCUCAGUGCAGCUGCAAAGUUGGACAGCUUAGAUGAGGACAUUGUACGGAAACUGUCUCUGUGUGCCAGUGGAGAUCUGGCACCCAUCAAUGCUGUCAUCGGAGGACUGGCUGCCCAAGAGGUGAUGAAGGCUUGCAGUGGAAAGUUCAAACCACUUGAACAGUGGCUCUACUUUGAUGCCCUGGAGUGCCUUCCCAAAGACGGUGACCAAGAACUCCUGACAGAAGAAGAUUGUGCUCCAAGAAACAAUCGCUACGAUGGUCAGAUUGCUGUGUUUGGAUCUGAGUUCCAGGAGAAACUGAAGAAACAGAAGUAUUUUCUGGUGGGUGCUGGUGCUAUUGGUUGCGAGCUUUUAAAAAACUUUGCACUUAUUGGUCUUGGUGCUGGAGAAGGUGGGCACAUCACAGUCACAGACAUGGACUCCAUCGAGCGAUCCAAUCUGAACCGUCAGUUCUUAUUCAGGCCAGAGGAUAUUGGGAAGCAAAAGUCAGUAGUAGCAGCUGAGGCAGUGCGCAAAAUGAAUCCCAGUGUUAACAUCACAUCUCACCAAAACCGUGUGUGUCAGGAGAGUGAGUGUAUCUACACACACCAGUACUACAGCAGCCUUGGUGGAGUGGUGGCAGCGCUGGAUAAUGUGGAAGCCAGAGUGUAUCUGGAUGAGCGCUGUGUGCAGUACCAAAAGCCCAUGUUAGAGGGCGGGACUCUGGGUGCUAAAGGAUCUACUCAGGUGGUGGUUCCUCAUCUUACCGAGUCCUAUGGAAAAGCAUCAUCUUCAGAAAAGGACGCUAUUCCACUCUGCACACUGAAGCACUUCCCUUAUCACAUCAAUCACACACUGCAGUGGGCCAGAGAGCAGUUUGAGAGCCUGUUUAAGCAGUCGCCUGAGAAUGUGAACAAGUAUCUAAGUGAUGCAGAGUUUUUGGUCUGUACCAUAAGCCGAGGAGAUGCGGAGGCUGUGGAGGUGUUGGAGGGAGUGUGUAGAAGUCUGGAGGAAAAACCCAGUGACUGGAAGGAUUGUGUGGUCUGGGCUCGUAUGCAGUGGGAGAACUUCUACAGCAACGACAUCAGACAGCUGCUCUACUGCUUCCCUCCAGAUGAUGUAACAAGCUCAGGACUGCCUUUCUGGAUGGGUGCUAAGAGAUGUCCACAUCCGUUAAAGUUCGACCCGGUCAAUACCACCCAUAUGGAUUUUCUAGUAGCUGCGGCCAACUUAUAUGGCCAGACCUACGGGAUCAAGGGUUCAACUGACCGAGAGGACAUAAAGAAGAUUCUAGAUGGGCUCUGUGUUCCUGCAUUCACCCCAAAACUGAGUGUGAAGGUUGCUGUGGAUGACGAGGAGCUGGAGGAAAGCAGGGAUGACAAAGCAGAGUUGGAUGAGCUAAAGCAGAAGCUGUCAAAUCUUCAGCUACCCAGCCAGAACUGCCGGAUGUUUCCAACUGAAUUUGAAAAGGAUGAUGACAGUAAUUUUCACAUGGACUUUAUUGUGGCAGCAUCUAACCUAAGGGCAGAGAAUUAUGAUAUACCCGCAGCAGAUCGCCACAAGAGCAAGCUCAUUGCUGGACGUAUCAUCCCAGCUAUAGCCACGACCACAGUGGCAGUAGCAGGCCUAAUGUGUCUGGAACUGUAUAAGCUUGUGCAGGGCCACAGGGACGUCAACUUAUUCCGUAAUGCAUACAUUAACCUGGCUGUCAGUUUCUACAUCCUCUCGAAACCUCGUGGGCCUGGAUCGUUCCAGGUUGCAGGGAAGGAGUACUCCCUCUGGGACGAGUUCCUAGUUCAGGGUAGAGAAGAAAGACAGGAGGAAAUGACACUGGAGGAGCUGAUAAAACACAUCAAGGAAAUCCAUAAUUUAACCAUCACUGCUCUGUUCUAUGGGAUGGCAGUGCUGUAUGAUGCAGCACGCAACCACGCAGAUCGACUUAAACAAAGAGUGUCAGAACUUGCUCAGACGGUUUCAAAAAUGGAAAUCCCAGCUCACCAGCAGUUUCUAGAGAUUAUUCCUUCUUUCGCUGAAGAUGAGGACUGUGAGAAUGUUCCACCUAUCAGAUAUCUCUUUAGAUAAGGUGUAUACAUUUUGAAUCAAAUUUAUUGGACAGUACUAAUGACGAAGACUGUACUACAAACAUGUCUACAAUGCUAUAUUCUAUUACUGUGAAAUCUCAAAUGUCUCUUUUUUUCUUUUAAUGUUUACCAAUUUGAUAUAAUAACUGCCUUCUAAAAAGUCUGGUGGAAUGUUACACUGUAAUUAAGGAAAUGCAAUUAAUCAC